GCAUCAAAAAGUAGCAAACAGUGUAGAUACCUUUUACAAUAAGUAGUAAAUGUGUUGUUUAUGCAACAAGUAGCGAACUGGCAAACAAGUAGCAAUUAUUAGCAACAAAAAGUAGCAAACAGAGUAGUUACCUUUUACAAGAAGUAGUAAAUGUCUUGUUUAAGCAACAAGUAGCUAACUGGCAAACAAAUAGCAAGCCUUAGCGACAAAAAGUAGCAAACAGAGUAGUAAAUGUGUUGUAUACACAACAAGUAGCCAACUGGCAAACAAGUAGCAAACGUUAGCAACAAAAAGACAGCUGUCUUGACAACAGUAGGCCAUCAUACUUGAGUACAACUUCUACACAACAAGUAUGAACGGGUGCUAAAAACAAACGUUUACGGGAAGAACAAGGAGACAAUGAGAGCAGCAGGCCUGAAAAGACAUGUUGGGAUGAGUUUACCCACAGAGCUUUGCUGCUGAAGACUGGUUUGGGUGCGCCGUGACUGAUGUGGUCAUUCAUAGAUCAACACAGAAAGUGAACAUCUUCUGUCAUUUCUCCGCUGCAUCUAACGAGCUCAUUUACUGUUUGUCCCCACAGCUGGUGUAGCCCACCGACAUGGAGGACAUCCAGGUUGCUGAAUCCAAACAUCUGCUGGUGGACAAGGAGCUGCCGGGCCUGAGAGAAGCGGUGCUGCAGCUGGUUGUUAAGGAGCACGAUGUGGAGACCCCCUAUGGGAGACUCCACUGCACGAUGAAGGGGGUGCCCAAGGGGGAGCGGCCCGUCAUCCUCACCUUCCAUGACAUCGGACUGAACUACAAAACAUGCUGGGACUCACUCUUCACCCAUGAGGACAUGACCGAGAUCCUGCAUCACUUUGCCGUGUGUCACGUGGACGCCCUCGGGCAGCACGAGGGAGCUAACACCUUUUCCACUGGAUACGAGUACCCAUCCAUGGAUGAGCUCUCCGAGACACUCCCGCUGGUCCUCAAGCAUUUUGGGCUGAAGAGCGUUAUUGGAUUAGGAAUGGGAGCCGGGGCCUUCAUGCUGACCAGAUUCGCUCUUGAUUACCCGCAGAUGGUGGAGGGUCUGUUGCUCAUCAACAUCAACCCGUGUGCCGAGGGCUGGAUGGACUGGGCUGCACACAAGAUCAGCGGCUGGACCCACGCCCUGCCCGACCUGGUCAUCAGCCACCUCUUCGGAAAGGAGGAGAUCCAGCACAACCAGAACAUGGUCGCCACGUACCGCCACCACAUCAUGAAGGACAUGAACCAGUUCAACCUGCAGCUCUUCAUCAAGGCCUACGAGAGUCGGAGGGACUUGGAAAUCGAGCGGCCCAUUCCAGGCAGCAACGUCAGAACCCUCAAGUGCCCCAGCCUGCUGGUAGUGGGCGACAACUCUCCCGCUGUGGACGCUGUGGUGGAGUGCAACACCAAACUGGACCCCACAAAAACCACGCUGCUCAAGAUGGCCGACUGUGGUGGCAUGCCCCAGAUUGACCAGCCUGCCAAGCUGACCGAGGCGUUCAAGUACUUCAUUCAGGGCAUGGGAUACAUGCCCGCCGCCAGCAUGACCCGCCUGGUGCGCUCCCGCACGGCCUCGGGCUCCAGCGUGACGUCCUACGACGGACCUCGCUCGCGCUCCCACACCACCGAGGGGAACCGCUCGCGCUCGCACACGGCCGACCACCACCGGGGGCGCUCCCACACGGCCGGCUCCACGGACGGCACGGUGGACGCCGUCCCCAAGGCCCCCGAGGUGUCCUGCUAAGUUGGAAGCUCGCCCGGCAAAUGUAACCGUUUUUUUUUUUUGUUCUUUAAAAAAAAAAAAAAAAAAACUUGGAUUAGGAGGGUUAAAAGUACUCCAGUACAUUGGGGGUGUGUGAUGGUGUAGUUAGUGGCAAUGCAGCAUCGCUAGGGGGCGACAAAGAGCACGCCCCGUCCUUCUUUCCUCCCUGCUUUCAAUCCUUUUUUACUCAAACUGACAACUUUCUCACAUUUAUUCCAUUUUCAAGUGUUUUUUGUCGCUGUCGAACAUUACAAGUAAGGGAUAUUUUUAUUUGUGUGUGCAGCCAAUCAUGUUUCAUCUCAUCCUUUAUAGACAGCUGAUGAUUUUUUUUUUUAAACGUUUCAGUAACUAUGCAACCAAUUCAAAUAAAAAUCGCUCUCUAAAUUUCAAAGCUUUAUUAACGCCUUGUGACAAUUAACUCGUUUUGUAAUAUUUUUUUGUACGUAAUCAAGCACAACGGAACAAAGCAGUGCCAUAGAGUCGAUGUAAGAAAUCCAAAUUUUAUUACUAUAAUAUAUAUAUAUGUGUGUGUAUAUAUAUAUAUAUAUAUAUAUAUAUAUAUAUAUAUAUAUAUAUAUAUAUAUAUGCACGUACCUAUGUAUAUAUACGUAUGUGUAUAUGUAUAUAUACGUAUUUGUGUAUAUGUAUAUAUACGUAUGUGUGUAUACUUAUGUAUAUACGUAUAUGUAUGUAUAUAUAUGUGUAUAUGUAUGUAAGUAUAUAUAUAAAUGCGUAUGUAUGUGUAUAUAUACGUAUGUGUGUAUUUAUAUAUGUAUAUGCGUAUAUGUAUGUAUAUAUAUGUGUAUAUGUAUGUAUAUUUAUAUGCAUAUAUAUGUGUAUAUGUAUGUAUAUAUAUGUGUAUACAUGUAUAUAUGUAUAUGUGUAUACAAAAGUAUAUAUAUGUGUAUAUCUAUAUAUAUAUGUAUAUGUGUAUAUAUAUAUAUAUGUAUAUAUAUAUAUAUAUAUAUAUGUAUAUAUAUAUAUACACACAUAUAUAUAUAUAUAUAUAUAUAUAUAUAUAUAUAUAUAUAUAUAUAUAUAUAUAUACACCUCGUUUUAUUGACUUGCACUAUGAUGACAUUUUCUUUUGUAGGACCUAUGGCAACACAGCUUUGUAAAGAUGCUGGCAUUCAAAUGACAUAACAGUUUGUAUUUAUUUAGGAAAACAUUAAAAAAAACCAACAACUUGUAACUCA